UUCCCUGACAAAAUGAAACGGUGAAGCAAGGAAACUUCAGACAAGCUGUCUUUUUUUUUCUUCCCCUUUCCCGAUUGUGUGUUGUCUUUUUAGUUCUUUUCCAUUUUCGCCGGGAAUUAUCAACGACCACUUUUUGUUCAAAGCUUACAGUAUAACGCCUCCCCCUCCUACUCUCUCUCUCUCUCUCUCUCUCUCUCUCUCUCUCUCUCUCUCUCUCUCUCUCUCUUUCCCCCAAAGAUCUGAUCUCCUUUUCCCCCAAACCCUAAUCUCAAAAUCAGAGAUUUCUAGCGUUUCAUCUUCUGAAUCACAAAAAUCAGAGAUUCAAUUAUCCGUUUCUCUUGAUUCCAAAUUUAGUAACUUUCCCCUCAAAUUCUCAAUUGUCAUGAUCAUGUUUCCUUAAAUGUGGUAGAUCGAGGAGGGAGGGGUGUGUGCAUGAGGAUUUGGUGUUGUUUCCAUUGCUUCACCACCGACGAGGAAGAAGAAAAAGAGAACAACGGCGGAGUUUCCAGUAGACUGAAACAAUCGGCCAUGGAUAACAACAAAGGUGGAGACUUUGUCGAUUUCGAUCUAAACGAGAGGGAGUUAGGAGUCGCAGACGAACGCUUUGCGGCUGUGUGAAGAGACAGGUGCUGAAUUGGAGCGAGUAUGGUCAUCUGAGAUUCGGUCCCAUCAUCAUUUGGUUCAGGGAGAGAGUAGCAAUGUGGCUGAUGUUGUAGUAGUAGUAGUAGCUGAGGAUUGUACUAUGGAGGAAGCUGAUCACGAUUCUUACCAUAAACGUGCUAAAGUGUACUCUGGACUUGCUGAGAGCCGAUCAGCUUCAGGGAUAUCUUCAGAUGCUGGAAACUCUGGUUCGUCAGUGGAGAGAACUGUCAGUUUUGGCGUUGCGUCUUCAUCUCGGACAGAUACUGAUAUGUUCUGCCAGAAUUUCAUCUUGAAUUACACUGGUCAGAAAGAUGGGAAGAAAGAUGAUGGAGAUGACAACGGUUCCUCAGAUGCAGAAGAUUUUGAAGUUCACAUUGAUCUGACUGAUGACCUCUUACACAUGGUAUUCUCGUUCUUGAAUCACAUCGACCUCUGUCGCUCUGCUAUGGUAUGUCGUCAGUGAGAGUAGCUAGUGCUCAUGAGGAAUUUUGGAAGGUCUUGAACUUUGAGAAUAUGAGGAUCUCUAUCGAGCAAUUUGAAGACAUGUGUCAUCGCUAUCCCAACGCCACUGAAGUGAAUGUUUAUGGCGCUCCUGCUGUUAACGCUCUGGCUAUGAAAGCAGUUACCAUUU